AUGAUUCCAUUCGCAUGUACCAAGUUGGCUUAUUUGAGUCGUCUAACUAGCACCAAUUUAGUCGGAAAAUUUACACAGAGCGUACGCCGUAUUGUACAAGAUGUCAAAGACGAGGGCACUUCAAGUGGGCAGACAAAAGAAGAGGUUAUAGAAACGAAUGAGAGACUUCGAAUGGUCCGAGUGCGUUUAGACGAGAACUAUGACACGGCAAAGAAAGCGCUCGUCAAUCUAAUGGAGCGUUACAACGAGUCAAAGGCUGAGAGGAAUGUUUUCACGAGAUACGCCCUGCUGAAGGCCAUGAUAAAAGAUGUCAUCCGUCUUGAGACACAAUACUGGUCUCUCGUGGAAAUUCCAAAACAAGAGAAAGCGGAAACUGUUCCAGCCUUUGUACUCCGAGCUUGUGCUAUCAUGGAGAAGACACAAAAAUCUGGAGAAGGUGUGAAGACUUCCUCCAAGCUUGCUGAAGAAGCAGCCGAUAGAAAGGAAAGGAUAGAAAGACUUACUGAUAUGACAACAUCACAAAUAGAAGCUGAGAAUACACAGAUGACAAAUGACUUGUACCGCUUAUUGAAGAAGUAUACUGGCUUAAGAAAUCUCAUAAGGGAACUAAAGUCGGAGUACGUGAGUUCCAAGCUGUACCCAAUGUUUCCGAGGUACACGAUGUUGAAGGAUAUGAUAAAGGAUAUCAUGCAUGAUCCUGACUAUAUGGAAGUUUGCCAUGAAGUGGAUCCAUAG